CUGCUGCGUGGAUUUCACUAGAAAGAAAAACAAUGGUGCGAGUGGAUUUCCAUGUAUUGCUGAAUUUCCUCUCCUCCUCAAAUACUGACAGCAGCAGGCAGCAGCGGAGUCCUGCUGUCCCGUGGAUUUAUCACGGUACCCAGGCGAGAUACGUAUGGAACAUGGCUGCUAUGAGGACUUUAACCGUGGCAGGUCUCUUUUUGGCAUUUUGCGCUUUGGGACUGAUAGCUGUAGCGAUCAGCACUGACAACUGGUACGAGACUGACGCGAGGAGGCACCGGGAACGCUGCAAGAAUUAUUCAAACAAAAGAAACGACCCCGGCUACAUUUACAUCUCCAACAACAACCUUCCACUCCGCAUGUUGCCUAAGGAGAGAAAUGUGGAGAGGAGGAGCGGCGAAAUGCUGCUGCGGGCUAAGCGGCACUUCUUGCCUCCUGCCCCGGCCAUGGAGUCCCUCUGCAGUCGGCAAUUCAACUCCACCUCACGGGGCUUGUGGAGAAAGUGCCACCGAGGGGGAUUUGACUUGGAGAUAGAGGAUUUAAUCUUUAAAGGAUUGGUUCCGCGCUGCACACGAAUAAAAUACUACUACUCAUCAUCAGCGCUGCCCAGAAAUCUGCCAAUCAACCUGACGAAGACAAUAAGGCAGGAUGAGUGGCACGCGCUCCACCUACAGAGGAUGACUGCCAGUUUCGUAGGCAUGGCCAUAUCUAUCAUCUUGUUCGGCUGGAUCAUAGGCGUGCUGGGCUGCUGCAAGGAGCAUGAUCUGAUGCAGUAUGUGGCUGGACUUCUCUUCCUCAUGGGAGGGACAUGCUGCAUUAUCUCCCUCUGCACAUGUGUGGCUGGCAUCAACUUUGAACUGUCCCGCUAUCCUCGCUACAUGUUUGGAAUACCAGAGGACAUCAGUCACGGUUAUGGCUGGUCCAUGUUUUGUGCUUGGGGUGGACUCGGCCUGACGUUGCUGGCUGGCUUCCUGUGUACACUCGCUCCUUCCCUCUACCCUCCACACACCCCUGUGGUGCACAAGCCCAAGCAGGAGAACGGUAGUGUGUGACAGGCCGCCGCUCAUCUAACAGACACCUGUCUCAUCCUGAAACAGUGACGAGCCCUGCUCCACAGACAGUUAUACCCAGGGACUCAGAGCACAGAGAGCCUUCACACAGCUGGGCACAGAAAGCACAGGACUCUCGCUCACAUGAAAAUGAAAAAGAGGUGACAUUUGACUGAAGACGAUUUCAGUUCCUCUGGUGCUUUUCCCCCUGUCCCUCUUUAUGAAUGAACUGUUCAGUGUUAAUUGCUUGCUCUUCAAGAGGAGAAUAGUUAUACAAAAUUUCUUCCUGUAAACUCUGCUAGUGUGAAAAGAAAAAAAAAAGAGACAAUGGCAGACGAUCAAUAGCACAACUUUGAAAUCUGUAUUGAAGAUCAAACUAUG